CACCGAGACAUGCUCUGAGCUUCGAAGCAGUUCAACCGUCGAGCAUCAGACAAACCUGAGAAGCCCGUAGCAAACCCAAUCCUCAAUCGCAGCUCUUCGCCAUGCCACCCUCGCGGCGUAGAGGCAGACCGCGAUCACGUAUGUCAACCCCCCUCUCACGCACCAGCUCCUCCGCCACACAGCCCAACGGCACCAACAAACUGCUUUCCCUCCACGCUCUCAGCAAGCGCUACCCAAACCUGCAGCAGCCGCUCAAGCGCACGCACUGGGAGGGCUGCCGAUGCGCUGGCACCUGCACGCCGACAACCUGCACCUGCCUCCAGGACGGCGCGCCCUGCCGCCAAUCCUGCAAAUGUGGACCCAGCUGCGAGCACCAGUUCCCGCCAUGCACGUGCAAAACGAAUGGCGGUGCUUGUGGCGAGAAGUGUCCGUGUUAUCUGGCGCAUCACCAGUGCUCGACGGCGUGUGCGUGCCCUGACGACAAGUGCGAUGAUGAAAAUAACUUGCCCGAAGUUGAGGUCAAGGACUCGCAGAUUCCGAGUGCGGGACUAGGACUGUUUGCCAAGCAGGACAUUGAGAAGAGGCGGUUGAUAGGAUGGCUGGAGGGGCAGGUGGAGCCGCAUCCGAAGGAGCCGGAUUUCGAUUGCUUUGACAUUGCGAAAGAUCAUUCGUUGCGCUGCUCCAAAGAAGGCGCGUAUUUCACCAACGAGAUGCUGUUCAAGGAAGCAAAUGCAGAGUUCCGGUACAUGGAGGGUAAGCGGCGAAGAGAGAUUGUGAUCAGAGCGAAGAGGGAUAUCAAGGCUGGCGAGGAGAUAACCUCGCAGUAUACGGACAGGAAACAACCUCCGUGCUUUCCGCCUGAAGACUUCCAGACUGGCUCAUACGUGCUGGUCAAAGGCGAAGGCGAAGACGAUCCUUGGGUCGCACAAAUAGUGUCCAUGGGAGCCGGGAAGAAAAAGAUGACUGUGCAAUGGCUUCUUCGAAAGCAGGAUCUGGGCAUUAUCCCCCCGCCCUUGCGAAAGAGCAUCCGGUUGGACAAGGGAGAGCUCAUCAUGACUGAGGGCUGGAGGGAUAUUUUGGACUGGGAGACCAUGAUUAGGGUUAUCUACGUACGGGAAGAGCGGCCGGAGGACGAUGAGUUGGGUAGCAAUGUGUGGUGGUGGACGAGGUGCUAUGAUGCGAAGAAAAAGAAGCUGAAGUAGGAGGACGAGACGUGCGACAGAACCGAAAAGUAUCUCGGAAGAAGGAUCGAAGGGGAGAACGGGAGAGCGUUAUGGUGAUGAGGGUUCCAAGUGUGCGGCCCGAAAAAAAGGUGAUAGCUGCGAAAGAGUGUCCGAGGUAUUGUGCUAGUCCCUAUCCAUCGCAGC